CCCGCCCACCGCAAAACUUCUCCCAACCUUCAGCCAGACGCAAAACAGUGUCACGUCACCGCGUCCCCGCACCGUCCACGCGUGAAGCUCCGAAGGAACCCGCACAGCAUGGACGACGACGUGUUAACCACCUUAAAGAUCCUCAUCAUCGGGGAGAGCGGCGUCGGGAAGUCCAGUUUGCUCCUGAGGUUCACAGACGACACGUUCGACCCCGAAUUAGCUGCAACGAUUGGCGUGGACUUUAAAGUGAAAACGAUCGCAGUAGACGGCAACAGAGCCAAGCUCGCUAUAUGGGACACAGCCGGACAGGAACGGUUCCGAACUCUGACGCCCAGCUACUACAGAGGAGCGCAGGGGGUAAUACUGGUGUACGACGUGACAAAGCGGGACUCGUUUACGAAGCUGGAGAACUGGCUGAACGAGCUGGAGACGUACUGCACGCGGAACGACCUCGUCAAAAUGCUCGUCGGAAACAAAAUCGAUAAGGACAACCGUGAGGUGGACAGAAACGAGGGCCUGAAGUUUGCUCGUAAACACUCCAUGCUGUUCAUCGAGGCGAGCGCUAAAACCCGAGACGGCGUCCAGUGUUCCUUCGAGGAGCUGGUGGAGAAGAUCCUGCAGACCCCGGGCCUGUGGGAGAGCAGCAUCCAGAAUCAUGGUGUUCAGCUGGGAGAGCAGCAGACGCCCGGCCACGGCAGCUGCGGCGGAUACAGCGGAUACUGCUCCCUCGUCUAACUCGUACAUUUCCACCGGACUGAGACAUGAAAAGCGAACGAACUGCGAUUUUCCGCCCUCCGAGCGAGAGCCGGAGGUCGGCGCUGUUCCGCAUGACGAAGGACGUUCACACACACACACUCUGUUUGUCCUUCUACUUCAAUUUCUGUAUGGUGUUUUAUCUCACUUAUCAUAGAGCUGCAUUGAAUUAUCGUUGACGACACAAUUUCACUUGAAGCAGAAGGAUCGUCAUAUUCUCUCUCUCUCUCUCUCUCUCUCUCUCUCUCUCUCUCUCUCUCUCUCUCUCUCUCUCUCACUCUUUCUCUCUCUUUCUCUGGUAUAAUAUCCCCGAGGGCCAUUAAAGUGGAGGACAGAGGGUGGAAUUAGUUUCUCAUUUCCAGAAAAUUUUCCUGAAUUUGCCAUUAAUUUCCACCCUAUGCUUCAUCCAGAUAAUAUAUUUCCGUUAAUUUCGUCAUAAUUUCUAGUGUUUUCUCCUUUUUAUUUUUGUAUUUUUAUUUUAAGUAUAAGGAAUGCCUCCCCUCCCCACCCCCGAGUUCUUAUUGUUCUUCCUUCUUCAUCUCUGGUGAGUAAGCAGUCAUCUUGGAUCUUUUUUGUUUUUGGACCACUGAUGUGUUUUUAGCAUGUUUGGGAACUGGGUUUCGUCCUGUCCUGCCUUUACAAUUUCCUCAAUUUUACAAUUUCCUCAAUUUUCUUUUGGAAUGGUACGGCUCGAUUUUAGUCGGCCACUCAAAAUCUUCCACACCGUUCCAUCCCUUGUAAAGCUGAUCUUCACGGAGCUGGCUUUGUGCAUUGUCAUGCGGGAACACGUGUGAGUCUCCAAGUUCAAGUAAAGGAAGGAUUUUAUGCUACACCAUUCAAAAGGAAUCCAGCACCUCUAACUUUGUGAAGAAGCACAUCUUGUUGGGGGAGGGGGGGGAGAAGGGGGAUAGGCAGGUGUCUGAAUACUUUUGCCCAGACAGUGUAGCUUUUUGCCCCUUUUUUCAAAGCACUUUCUCCAAAUACACCUCCGACUGUUCGAAUCCCUCUAAAAGGGGCUGUAUGUCAAAGUCUUGUUAAUAGCAUGUUAUAAAGGCUGUAGCCUUACGCUUUUUCUUGGUAUUAGCCGAAAACCUUGCAAACAAAUAAAGAGCAUGCGCGUCAUCUUUUCCUGUUUACACGUGAGCUGAAACGUUUAGAAUGGAGAAAGAAACCAGAUUUUCUGUGGUGAAUACCAGAAAGAACGGGUUCUAUUGACUAUCUGCUGCGUUCCACCCUCCUACAUCCAGGUGUAAUGCAUCAGGUGAAACAGGAUCAGCCGAAGGUUUAUACCCCACCUGGCGAUUACUAAUGAAAAACCCGUCCAAUUAACAAACUAGAUGUAUGCAGUUCCUGUACUCGUGUUUCUCACAAGCGUUUCACGGAGCCGUAGAAGAUCCUCGGUUCAGCUUGAUGCAGCAGGAGAGCCGUGUCUGGAUUGCAUUCUGUAAUACGUUUGGAGAUCGUCAGUAACGUUUUCUUUUGCAAUAAAAGUUAAACUUAUAAUCGAA